GAAGUUGGCGAGAUGAUGAAACUCAGCGCCAAGACGACGACGAAGGCCAGCGACGAGUCGCGCGAGCGGGUGCAUUGGAAGCCGCACAGGUUGAUAAAGCGCGACAUGUAUUUGGAAGGGAUACAGGACCCGAAGGAGCAACAGAUCGAGUUCAGGCGCAGGGUGAUGAGCAGGCAGUACUCUGUUCGCCCAUGCCCUCGCUCCGAGGGCGGCUUCCUCAUCGCAGAAUUUCAGGUUUUUUUCGAGGACAACGUAUUGUCGAAGUCGACAGAGGCCAGCGUGGAAAAGGAGAGCUCCAGCACCAUGACGGCCGACCAGCUCGAGGCGGCGCUCCAGGCGAUGACGAGCAACGUCAGUUCCAGCUUGGCCGAUGUCCAGCAAGCCCAGAGGAGCAGUUGUUCAAUGGGCGAUCCAGCUGAUCAUGUCGCUGUUCCAGAGGAGUUCGUGGAGAACUUGGUGAACACCUCCGCUGACGGCUCCUUUCGGCUGUCGGCCUCCCUUGGCGAGUUCAUGAAUGCCCAGACCGAGCGGGCCGACAAGGUUCGCGCAGCGUCUCGCUUGGAGCUGAUGGAGGACAUCGAUGCUAAGAACGCUGCCAGGGAUCAGAAGACGGCAAAGGUCAACCCAGUGACGCUUCGUUUGAACGCCACGAAGCUUGUCAACAAAACAGAGAGCGCCCUGACUUCUGCACUUGACUGUCAAGUUAGCGAGGGCAUCUCAGUACUCGAGUACAUGAGGAGCAAGCUUUCGAUCGAAGACUUGUCGGAUGAACCCUGGGCGCCGUUCCAGACGAAACUUGUCGCUCUCAAAGAUGCUUCAGAUGCGGAGGCCACGAGGAUCAAGGAUAAGCUGGCUGUGUUGAGCUCGUCUAUCGAGGAGGGGAAAUGGGACCAGUCGAUGACCAAAGUUAAGGAGGAGUUGAAAUGCAUCUGCAUGGAGGCGCGUGCUGAGACAUCACACCAGACCCCGACGAAAAAGAUGUUGGCGGAGUGCCGCCAGCUCUUGGCGAAGACGUCCAGCGGCGGCACCGCCAAGAAGAGGAAGGCCGGGGCGUCGCCAGCCGUAAACAUCGGAGAAGAGUCUGCUGACUACCGCUUGGCACUCAACAUCGUCAAGGCCACGGUCAAGAGCGCUCCGAAAGUUUCAGGCUCCUCCCUGUCCAAUCUCGACUUUGGCCAUUCUCUCCUUGUCGAUGUCAGUGCCUCCUCAAAGAAGCUGCUGACCGAUAGUGGGUUCAAGGUCUUACUCAAGUGGAUGAAGGACAAGAGCCAGGCCUGGGGCGAUGAACCCACCCCUGUGUACGGAGCGGUUACGCAGCCGACAGUGCUUGCAACGCUUCGUCAGAUUGUGGCGUCGCCGAUCGUUUUCAAGAGCCCUUGCGUCCCCAUCUCGCCAAAAGAUCAGGCGCUCCACAAAGCGGUCUACGGUGUGCAGGUGUUCGUUACCCCUGGCGGGCAUUGCCAGGCCGGGCCGCCAGCCUACGGGGUAAGUGAAGUGCGCCUUCUCACAGUCGGAGAAGAGUUAUUUGUCGGAGUGCGUGCCAAGAAGGAGGACUCGUUGGCUGAGCAGGUGCAGUGGCUCAAGAGCCAGACAGGGGCCGCCUUGCUCUCGAUCGCCGACUUCGCUUUCGUCAUCCCUGAGGGCCACCUCGCCAUUUUACCGUGCAGCUUCAUCUACUUGAUUCAUCGUCCAGUGGUGUGUCAGGGGCUGCGCUGGGGCUUCUCGGGAGGGUGGCCAUCAGAACUCGCCGCGACGCAGAUGGUCGUCGCCAGUGUCAUGGAGGCCCGCGCGGCCCUCCGUGGCACUGCCUACGAGCAGUGGUGGGAGAAAUUGAACGACCUCGUUGCCCAGGAGAAAGCCACGACGCCCAUUGCGUGA